AAUAUUUGACAGAGCAGCUGCCUCACACAAAUAAAAGUGACAUGCUGGGAUUCCUGAGCAAAGACCUCAAGACCAGAGAGAUCUCCAGAGAUGAUUUCCAAUGAAGGCUACAGCACAGCUGGAAAAUCAUUAGACGAUAACACAAGAAGCAAAGGGUCUACGUGCACAGUCAGAUUUGGGUCCAGAAAUCUUCCACUGUAUCCACACGUUAUUGUGUGUUUAGGACUGCUGAACACUAUUCUGCUGUUAACGGCUGUUGUUAUUGGGAUUUACUGUGGCAAAGUCAGUGAGGAAGCCGCUCCCUUCCACAUAACAGCACAAGAGCUCUUCACAGAGGUGAAGCAACUUCAGAUAAUUCAGAGUGAAGUUAUCCAAGCUCAAAACAAAGCCAAGCAAGCAUUAGAGAAAGAGCUCAGGAGCCAUGAGCAUCUUAAACUGCAGUUAGAGCGGAACAAGACCCUCAGUGACAUCCUUCAGAGGCAGCUUGAGACACUACAAGUGGAGAGAGCGACACUACUGUCUAAUACAUCUGAUAUCCGGGAAAGCUGUGGACGAUGCCUUCCAGGAUGGUUUUUAUUAAACGCAUCGUGUUACUUCCAUGGUAGGUCAUCAGCAUCAUCACCACUAAGGAACUGGACAGAGAGCAGAACAGAUUGUCUCAGCCGUGGGGCGGACCUUGCUGUGAUUAAUAACUGGGAAGAGCAGUUAAAUCUCUUUGAGCACCUGCCAAAACUGCACCCAAGCGUUCGACCAUGGUGGAGCAGGUCUGGGGGAGUUUGGGUUGGCCUCACGGACAUGCAAACAGAGGGCACUUGGGUGUGGAUAAAUAAUGUGACUGUGUUGGACGGAGGGUACUGGAUACAAGGGGAGCCCAACAACUAUGGAGUUCAGGGUGAGAACUGUGGAGCGCUUAUGAACAUAGACACCCCUAGGAGGACGUGGUUUGAUGGAAACUGCCAAGUGAACAGGGAAUGGUUAUGCGAAAUGAGACCCAGCUAGGUGUGGAGUGUCAAAGAAGCCAUCCUGUGAGGAGAGAAGACAAACACCAAGUUAUGCACAAUGUAACCCAGCAAAAUGUAUUGUUUGUAGGUUUAUUUACUCAUGAAUAAAUGCAUUGAUAAUACAUAGACAACAGUGGCUGUUCAUUGCUGUUGUGCUUUAAUUGAUUUGUUUUUACCCUGGAGUAGUGCAAAUCCAAUACAGUACUUUUGAUAACAAUUGACCCCCACUUAUAUAUUGUAAUGUGGAAUCACAAUUGAUAUAACAGAACAAAUCCAUGUGUUAAAAAAACCCAAAUUUUUCAUUUUGCUAUUAUAAGCAGAUGUAAACACAAAAUCAUAGAUUGUACAAGUAUUCGCCUCCUUUAAUAUGAGCUUAACUAAUCACUGGUGUAGCCAUUUGUUUUAGAAAACACUUAAUACAUUUAAAUGAGAUUAUUUCUGUGGUAAU